UAUUUUAUAUCAGCCUAUAACUGAAAAGAAGGAUGGACAAACCAAGUCCAUGUUUCCCCUUCACUGUGUCCUUUGUACUGAAGCUUAUGUUUAUUGCGACUUGCUGAUGUGGGAAAAGCGCCAGCUCUCUUACUAUAAUUAGUGUUAAUAUUUGAGUGUGACAUGGGGCGGCUAUAGGAGCGGUAAUCCUCUGUGGUCCAGCAGCAUCCUCCCUCCCUCACGCUCUUGCUCAAGGGCGAAUCGACAGUGCUAUGCGGAAGGAAUCCGACGGAAGGAAAGAGGACAACCUGCACGUUGCACCUGUGGCCGGUUUCAAAAUGUCCAACAUAAGGUGAUAAGACGACUGGUGUUUGUCAAAAAGUCAGUUUUGACCGCUCCACCUUGGAUUCUGAGUGAUAAGACGGACUUUUCUGUCCUGCUGGAUUAGAGUAUUGGUCCAUCAUGAAGAAUAAGCCUUGAAAAGAAGACAUGGAUUUUGCACGGAGAGUUUGGCUGUUCCUUCUUCUGAAACCUGCAGAACUCAACUCUGGAAAUGAUGCUGUGAAUCUCAGAGUUUCAUAUCUGUAAGUAAAUUCUAGUACAGGAGAAUCAGGAUGAAAAGAUGGCAGCCAUGCUGUUACCAACGGGUCCUGAUGGCUUGCGGCGGUUCACUCGCGAAUCCUUGGCUGCGCUGGAGCAGCGGAUUGCGGAGGAGCAGGCCAAGAACGCCAAGGAUUGUAAGGACGCUUACAGGAACGCAGAGCCACCCAAACCCAGGGCUGACCUGGAAGCAGGCAAGCAGCUGCCACGCAUCUUCGGUGACAUCCCUCCAGAACUUAUCGGGGUGCCACUGGAGGACAUUGAUCCGUUUUACUACAAGAACAAGAGGACUUUUAUAGUACUUAACAAAGGAAAGGCCAUCUUCAGAUUCAGUGCCACAUCUGCACUUUACAUAUUAAGUCCAUUUCACUUCAUCAGAUCAAUCGCCAUAAAAAUUUUAGUCCACUCAUUAUUUAGCUUGUUCAUAAUGUUCACUAUACUGACCAACUGUUUCUUCAUGGCCAUGUCUGAUCCAGCACCAUGGACCAAGUACCUGGAGUACACUUUCACUGGCAUUUACACUUUCGAGUCGGCAAUAAAGAUGUUUGCGAGAGGAUUCUGUAUAGUGCCGUUCACCUUCUUGAGAGAUCCAUGGAACUGGCUGGACUUCACCGUCAUUGUCAUGGCAUAUGUGACAGAAUUUGUAGACCUUGGAAACGUCUCAGCAUUAAGAACCUUCAGAGUACUACGAGCACUCAAAACCAUCUCAGUCAUCCCAGGUCUCAAGACCAUCGUCGGCGCUUUGAUUCAGUCUGUGAGGAAGCUGGCAGACGUGAUGAUCCUGACCGUCUUCUGUCUUAGCGUGUUUGCCCUCAUUGGCCUGCAGCUUUUCAUGGGCCUACUACGACAAAAGUGCAUCCGCAGCCUCUCGCACUGUGUUAACUCCUCCUACAGCACCAAUGCAUCCUUCAUCUGCAACAACAGAACCUGGAGCUCCAGGGCGGAUUUCCUCAGCAAUGAAGAUAAUUUUUACAAAGUUGAAGGAGCAAAGGAUGCCUUAAUAUGUGGAUAUGGAAGUGAUGCAGGGAAGUGUCCAGAUGGAUUUGACUGCCUAAAAGUAGGGAGGAAUCCAAACUAUGGCUACACUAGUUUUGAUACCUUCGGCUGGGCUUUCCUGGCCCUCUUCCGACUCAUGACGCAAGACUACUGGGAAAAACUGUUUCACCAGACGUUACGCUCAGCAGGGAAGACCUACAUGGUUUUCUUUGUGCUGGUAAUCUUCCUGGGCUCCUUCUACCUGGUCAACCUCAUCCUGGCUGUAGUGGCCAUGGCCUAUGAGGAGCAGAAUCAGGCAACCAUCGCCGAGGCCUGGCAGAAGGAGAGGGAGUUUCAGCUGGCUAUGGAGCAUCUUCGCUGCGAGCAAAGAUUGGCAGCAAAAAGACAAGCACAGGAUACAGACUCAGUGUUGUCCCCAGAAUUGUCUCCGUUUUGUCUGAAGACAGGCAGCAUUCGUCGAAGCAGCAGCAGAAGAAGAAGAUCACACAGAACGUUGUCUGAGGAAACUGCAGAGGAAGCUGCGGAAGAGAAGUUUGACCCACUGGAUGAGCCAAUGCCUCCUCUGUCUCCUAUUCCAGUCCACCCUCUGCUGGCCACGCUGUCGUCUCACCCCCUCAGCACCAGGAGAGGAAGCCAGAACAGCAUCUUCAGCUCUUUCCGGGUACGCAACAACUCGGAGGCUGACUUUGGGGAUGACGAGUACAGCGUUCAUGGGGACGCCUUCAGGAGUCGCACCAAUUCAUCUGCAACACCAUGGAAGAGAAGGACGGGCAGUGUGCGGAGCCACUGCUCCCAAAUCUUCACCCCCAGCCUCAAUGUCAAUGGUCGGCUCAAUGUUUCCCUAGACCAUAACGGGGUCACCACUCUGGGCCUACACACUCCCACCUCCAUGCCUGCUUACAGCAUGGAGAGGAUCAGAGAAGACACAAAGUCCACCAGCGCAGAGGACACGGUUCCCAGACCUCUCCUUCAGCCUUCCCCGACAGUGACCGAGCCUCCUCCAGUGCGCAGGAAAAGAGGGAUGAGCUCUGUCAGCUUCCUCAGCGAUGCCAUGGAUGAGCUGGAGGAGUCGAGGCAAAAGUGUCAUCCCUGCUGGUACACAUUUGCCAAGAAGUACCUGAUAUGGGACUGCUGCCCGUGGUGGCUGAAGAUGAAGGAGUGGGUGAAGUUCAUGGUGAUGGAUCCUUUCCUGGAUCUGGGUAUCACCAUAUGCAUUGUGCUGAACACCCUCUUCAUGGCCCUGGAACACUACCCCAUGACUGAGGAGUUCAACACGAUGCUUUCAGUGGGCAAUCUGGUGUUCACGGGGAUCUUUACAGCUGAGAUGGUGCUGAAGCUCAUUGCCAUGGACCCCUACUACUACUUCCAACAGGGCUGGAAUAUCUUUGACGGCGUCAUUGUUUGCCUCAGUCUGAUGGAGUUGGGUCUCUCCAAUGUAGAGGGGCUGUCUGUCCUGCGAUCUUUCAGACUAUUACGAGUCUUCAAGCUGGCAAAAUCUUGGCCCACUCUCAACACUCUCAUCAAAAUUAUCGGCAACUCAGUCGGCGCCCUGGGAAACCUGACGCUGGUGUUAGCCAUCAUCGUCUUCAUCUUCGCUGUGGUGGGCAUGCAGCUGUUUGGCAAGAACUACCAGGACUGUGUGUGUAAGAUCUCAAUUGAUUGUCAGCUGCCUCGCUGGCACAUGAAAGAUUUCUUCCACUCCUUCCUGAUCGUGUUCCGGGUGCUGUGUGGCGAAUGGAUCGAGACCAUGUGGGAUUGUAUGGAAGUUGCCGGGCAGCCCCUCUGUAUCCUGGUGUUCAUGUUGGUCAUGGUCAUAGGGAACUUGGUGGUGUUGAAUCUCUUUCUAGCCCUGCUGCUCAGCUCCUUUAGCUCCGACAACCUCACUGCUCCAGAUGAGGAUGGUGAUUUAAACAAUAUUCAGAUUGCCAUUGCCCGCAUCAACAUCGGUGUUUCCUGGCUCGUGACAAGACUGUCCGACCUCUUCAAUCGCAGCUUAAAGCGUCGAAAGCAGAAGGCCAAAGAAACCAGUCAGGCCAUCAAACUGGUUGGAAAUCAUGUGGAAAGCAAUGGGCGAAUUUUUGGAAGUUAUGGAGAGAAGUACGUCAUACCAGAGGAGGACAGCUACAUGACAAAUCCGAAUUUGACUGUCAUUGUUCCCAUCGCACCCGGAGAGUCAGAUGUGGAGUUUCUGGAGGAGGAGGAGAUUUCUGAGUCAUCAGAGGAUGAAGACAACAAACCAGAGGAGAUCAGCCUGUCGGAGGGCAGCACGGUGGAUCUGAGGAAGCCUGGAGAAGAGAUAGACAACUUAUCAGAGCUGGCUGAAGAGAGUAUGGAGCCGGAGGAAUGCUUCCCAGAAUUGUGCACGAGGCACUGUCAAUGCUGCAACAUUGAUACCAGCCGUGGUCUGGGCCAGGCCUGGUGGAGGCUGAGGAAGACCUGCUACCAGAUCGUGGAACACAGCUGGUUUGAAACUUUCAUCAUCUUCAUGAUCCUGCUCAGCAGUGGGGCUCUGGCAUUCGAAGACAUCUACAUUGAGAAGAGAAAAGUCGUAAAGGUGGUGUUGGAGUCUGCCGACAAGGUUUUCUCCUACAUCUUUGUGCUGGAGAUGUUCCUCAAGUGGAUUGCAUACGGCUUCAAGAAAUAUUUCACCAAUUACUGGUGCUGGCUCGACUUUCUUAUUGUGGAUGUGUCUUUGAUAAGUCUAGUAGCAAAUUCACUGGGAUAUUCCGACUUUGCUGCGAUCAAGUCCCUGAGGACCCUGCGGGCUUUAAGACCUCUCAGAGCUCUGUCCAGAUUUGAGGGCAUGCGGGUGGUCGUGAACGCUCUUAUAGGAGCCAUCCCCUCCAUUAUGAACGUGCUGCUCGUGUGUCUUAUCUUCUGGCUCAUCUUUAGCAUCAUGGGGGUGAACCUGUUCGCUGGCAAGUUCGGGAAGUGUGUGAACAGAACGGGUUUCAUCCACAGUGUCUCUGUAGUCAACAACAAGUCAGAGUGCCUCGCUAUGAACGACACCCAGUUCUACUGGACAAAAGUGAAGGUCAACUUUGACAACGUGGGACUCGGCUACCUUUCCCUUCUGCAAGUGGCUACAUUCAAAGGAUGGAUGGAAAUAAUGCAUGCAGCUAUUGAUUCAAGAGGAGUGGAGGAACAACCCAUCAGAGAAAUCAACCUCUACAUGUACCUAUACUUCGUCGUCUUCAUCAUAUUCGGCUCCUUCUUCACCCUCAAUCUCUUCAUCGGUGUCAUUAUUGACAAUUUCAAUCAGCAGAAAAGAAAGAUGAGUGGACAGGAUAUCUUCAUGACUGAAGAACAGAAGAAGUAUUAUAACGCUAUGAAGAAGUUAGGAUCUAAAAAGCCUCAAAAGCCAAUACCAAGGCCUGGGAACAUUAUCCAAGCCUUUUUCUUCGAUCUCGUGUCCAAGCAAGCCUUUGACAUCAUGAUCAUGAUGCUCAUCAUCGUCAACAUGGUGACCAUGAUGGUGGAAACCGAUGAGCAGUCAGAGCGCAUGGAGUCCAUCCUCAACAAGAUCAACCUGGUCUUCAUCGUGAUCUUCACCACUGAAUGCCUGAUCAAGAUCUUUGCCCUCCGUUGCUAUUUUUUUACAGUUGCGUGGAACAUCUUUGAUUUUGUGGUGAUAAUUCUCUCUAUUGUGGGGAUUGUUCUUGCAGACAUCAUUGAGAAGUACUUUGUAUCUCCGACCCUGUUUCGAGUCAUCAGACUGGCAAGGAUAGGACGUGUACUUCGACUUAUACGUGCAGCCAAAGGAAUACGGACUUUACUGUUUGCCUUAAUGAUGUCCAUGCCAGCACUGUUCAACAUUGGCCUCCUGCUUUUCCUCGUCAUGUUCAUCUAUGCUAUCUUCGGUAUGGCAAACUUUGCCUACGUGAAAAAACAAGAUGGGAUUGACGACAUGUUUAACUUUGAGACCUUUGGGAAUAGUAUGAUCUGCCUUUUUCAGAUCAGUACCUCGGCAGGUUGGGACAACCUCCUGAGCCCUAUAAUGGCCAGCUCCCCAGAAGAGUGCGACGUUAAUUUUGUUAACACUGGCACUAACACCCGGGGAAACUGUGGCAGCCCGUCAAUGGGCAUAGCUUUCUUUGUUAGUUACAUAAUCAUUUCUUUCCUCAUUGUGGUAAAUAUGUAUAUAGCUAUCAUUCUGGAGAACUUCAGUGUUGCCACAGAGGAGAGUACAGAGCCACUGAGCGAGGACGACUUUGAAAUGUUUUAUGAGGUUUGGGAGAAGUUUGACUCUGAAGCCACACAGUUCAUUGAGUUUUCCAUGCUGUCGAUCUUUGCUGACACUUUGUCGGAGCCGCUGCGCAUAGCCAAGCCCAACAGGAUAAAGCUGAUCGCCAUGGACCUUCCCAUGGUCAGUGGGGAUAGGAUCCACUGCCUGGACAUCCUGUUUGCCUUCACAAAGCGUGUCCUGGGAGAGUCGGGUGAGAUGGACGCUCUCAAGCAGCAAAUGGAGGAGAAGUUCAUGAUGACAAAUCCCUCCAAGAUCUCCCACGAGCCCAUCACUUCCACACUGCGCCGCAAACUGGAGGAGGUGUCCGCGAUCAUCAUCCAGAGGUGUUACAGGAGGCAUCUGGUACGCCGCCAGAUGAAGCAGGCAUCUUACCUCUACAGACAAAUAAACUACGAGACUGUAGUGGAUGUGGAGAAUGCUCCAGAGAGGGAGGGGCUGAUAGCCUCCAUGAUAGAGCACUAUGGACCUGUGGGGGUGGAGGUUGUACAGACAGAGGAAACAGAGGAAACUCUAAUGUCCUCACCACCAUCUUAUGAAAGUGUAACCAGGGCAGCCAGUGACCUCUCUGAGGUCGUCAGACCGAUAUCCAGAGACUCUAAACUCGGGGAGCCUGGUGAAAACUAUGAGGAAACGUUUCUUUGAGACUCGAUUGUGUGGAGAGUGUUUGUGUGUUUUUUGUCUGUUUUGUUUACAGCAGAAAAUAUAGCUCAAAAUAACUCAUGGUCAAAGAGAUUAACUUUUUUAUGUAUUAGCAGAUACCGAGGAAAUAUGCAAUAUUUUCAAGUAACUCACAGCCUCUGUUUAAAUUGAAAACCAUCCAUCCAUCCAUCCAUCCAUCGUCAACCGCUUAUCCUGCGUACAGGGUCGCGGGGGGCUACAACCAAUCCCAGCUUACAUUGGGCGAAAGUCGGGGUACACCCUGGACAGGUCGCCAGUCCAUCACAGUAAAUUGAAAACCCCCAAAGUAAAUUUUGUUACAUAGUCACAACCUCCAUGAGAGGAAGAGGUCUAACUCUGUCUAAACUUGACCUUACUCUGUCUUGUAAUUUAACAUUUGGCAGGUAAGAUUUUCAAAAAGAGCUGUUUUGAUUGUAUACUAUAUUAAACAUAAAUAACACAUGAAUUAGUACUACAUUUAUUUAAAAUGAAACAUUAUCUACAGUUUUGUUUUUUUUAUAUUUUCAUAUCCACAUUUUUAUGAAUAUUAAAUUCUUAUUUAUAAUUUUAUAAUAAGUAAAACAUGGAAUGUUUUUUCAGUUAUACAAUUGUACAACAAACAUUUGCAAAGUAUUUCAUAGGCAAAAUGGCCAAAGAAGUCUUCUUGGACCUGUGGUAUUUGGUCAUUUCGCCACUCCUAGAAAUGCUGAUUGUUGUUAGGUCAAUAGCUAGCUAACAGACUACCAAAAUGAUGUUACAGCAGUUGACAUUAGUUAAUACUGUUUUCGUGGCAAAAACUCCUCAGCAUUUGUACAGUGAAAUUUGUAUCGGGAGCGAAAUAGACCCAGGACGGGAGAAACACUAUAGGGACAUUAAAAAUCUGGUUCACCUAAUUGACCAAGACAAUAGAAGGGGGCAUAGACAUAAACAAUCACCUGCAAACAAAAAAAAGAAAGAAAUUUCUAACCUAUGUUUGUAUUUUGACACAAAUUCCACUCUACAAGUGCUAAGAGGUUUUGAAAAACCUGACAGCCCUGCAUCUACCAUCGCUAUGCAGCCCAUAAACCAACACGAUGGCAAGCUAAACACAGAUUGAGAAUAUUGAGCAGCGCACACUUCUGACCAAACAUUUUCCAGUCAGCUGCUAUACCGCUAGCAGACAUUUAACGAUGAGGAAUGAAUUUGCUUUCACGACUGUAGCUGCUAUGAAGGUCUUAUUCAGGUGUUACUAAAGCCUAAUUUCCACUGCACAGUACAGCUCGGCUUGAUUCGACUCAGCUCGCUUUUUGUACCAGGUACUUUACUCAGUUUAGUUUUUUACAAUCUAGGUCGAGUCAAUAAAAAAACUGUGCUCGCUAUUGAUGGUAGCUUGGCUAAAUAGCUGUGCAGGGUGUCCUGUGUUUUUCAAGUGACUAUUCUCUCUGACCAAUCAGUGGUCUUCAGUGUUUUAACUCCACCAUUUAGUAUUAACUUAGCUCGCUUGGAACAUUUACAAAUACCCCAAAAAAAAGUUCCAGGUACAAUCCACAACUUUUGCGUACGGAAAACCAAAAAAACAGUUCUAGGUGAGCCGAGUCGAGCCGUGCCGUACCAUGCAUUGGAAAUUAGGCAUAUUAAGAUUUUAACCAACCAUUGUAAGCCACAUGUAUUUGAAUUAAUAUUCAUUUCUAAUGUUUAGUUGUGUGAUCAAUGAAAUUAUUACUUGAUGUGCACUUUGAUUUGAGUUGCUUUAUACUGUAAGAGGUGAUAGAGAUAUGGCCCCUGGUUAGAAUGGCAUCAAGUGCAUUCAGACAUAAACACAUGAAGAAAAGCACAAUUUCAUGUUAUUUAGUAUAUACUACUGCUAAUAUAGAUAAAUACGCUGUUAUGUUUCUUAUGUGAAAAACUUGUGGAAACAAUUUCUAAUUAUUUUGUCAAAUAUAGCACAUUACAAGUAUAACACGUAUUGAUUACAUAAGGCCUGUGUGUACUAAUAAUCCCUGAAUUAUGUGCCUGAUUUUGAUUGUUGUCCGCACAAUUCUCUGAAUCUCUUUAGACCAUUUAAUUUGAUUUGAUGGAUGUGGAUUGGAAGGGCAUGAAUGCACUGGAAGCUCAUUUUGUAGUUAACUGUAUAAGCAACUUUGAGGCUGUGUAAUGUAUGUAAAGCUAAUUUGUACCUAUUUUUUUGUAAUGUAUUUAUAUUGAAAGACCAUUUCAGUGACUCUCAUGACGGCCAUAACAAGAUAUGAUCAAAUUACAUAAAUAUACUGUGUUCAUUUUUAUAUAAAAGACUUUCCUU